UCAGAUAUUGAGGGCAGUAACGCACAGCUUCAUCUGGAAAAAUUCAGCAGAGCUGAUAAUGGGCUCAAGCUUAUUGUACAAUUGCCGUAUUCUGGAACGAUUAUGGGGGUCUAGGAAAUUCGGGUUCUUCGUUGGCUUUGUCCUCGUGACCAAUACAGCUCUUCAACUACUCUAUCUGGGCGUCUAUGGUCGAAAUGUUUCUCCUGGAGAGGCGGCUGUUCUUGCGAGUGGACCGUACGGAAUUACCUUCGCAAAUAUUAUUCAGUAUUAUUUGGACAUACCCGCCAUGAAGCAUGUGAAGGUGAUGGGGUUUCUUGUAACGGAUAAACUACUGACCUAUCUGAUAGCAAUCCAGCUAUUAGUGGCAUUUCUGCCUUCAACAGCCGUUCCUGUUUCGGCUGGGCUACUGGCUGGUGUGAUAUAUCGUCUGCCCGGGCUCGGACUCGAUCAAAUGUCUGUACCACCAGCACUUGCUGCGUCAAUAAGUGUAGUGGGUUCCGUAUUCUAUUCAAACCCGGCCCGGCCUCAGGGAGAGACGUUGCUAGGCACACGAGGUCCUCAAUCCAGGACAAACAUACGAGGGCCAGCGCCCAUUGCGUUCGUGGCAGAUGAAACUGCUGUCGACCAGAUUGUUAGUAUGGGGUUCUCAAGGGAACAAGCUGUGGCUGCACUUCGAAGGUCGAACAACGAUGCUCAACGGGCCACCCAUUUCUUAUUGCAAUGAAAAAGGGGGUGGAACUGGCACAGGCGUUCGAAAAUACGAAGUAAUUCGCGAAGCAACAAGGCUAGGAUUUGGCCUUUGGCCCAAAAACACGACUCCCGCGGAUCAGGGCGCGAGGGUACACAGACGCAUCGCAACCACACAACUUGGAUAUCGGCUGACGUUUGCAAUGCACCGAGCGACACACCAAGCAAUCCAUGCGAGAAUCACAGCACAUCGACCCAACCUCUCAAGGGGUUCAUCAAAAUUAGAAGUACCUUUGCUAGCCUACCGUCAAUUAUUAGUACUAAGCGAAGUCCAUGCCCAUUGAAUUUCGGCGCAUUGGGAAAUAAAGUCUCGCAACACUCCGA